GUGUGACUGUGAGGCAGAGGAACAGAAAAACGUCCCGGUACGUGAAGCAUUUGCAAAGAAAGACUGACAGCAAAUGCAGAAAGGAAGCAACGACAGAGAGAGAUGGAGCCAGCGCUUCAGUUGCGUGAGCUGCCACGCUGCGAGCCAUGACUCCUCCGCCUGUGGCCAGGAUGUAAAAUCGACGGUGUGACAACAAAGGCCAUAACUGAGCGACAGCCAUUGUGCAGUCCCUGUUCUACCACACAUUCUGCAAUCAAAGUUACACAUGAAAACACUCUUGAGAAGUCCUUGACUACUAAGGAAACAUUCACAUUUCAGUUUUAUAGUUGCGUCUGAAGCAACUGUAUCAUCCUUUCAACAAUAUAAUCGCUCUUAUUUGGUUAAGAUUUUAUGAAUGAUGACACUGAGCCAUCUGGCCUACCUUUUACAGUUUGCGCGCACACUUGAAACUGUUAAUAACACGACUUCACACACAUUUCUGGUCCAAAUGAGUCAUCUCACAUCCUCAUAAAAAACUCUCUCACCUUGCCUGAAUCAGCUCCUGUGACCUGUGAGGAUUAUGAGGCCGACUUUAGUGUUUCUACAGACACAGUGUCUCCUGUGUAUGUUCGUUGGUAUAUGCGUGCCUGGCGUUGUGGGCUCACUACCUCACGCACUACCAUGGCACGUCUCCUGCCCAGUGCGGUGUGUUUGUCAGAUCAAGCCAUGGUUCUCUCCUGAUUCUGUCUACCAUGAAGCUCCAACUGUGGAUUGCAACGACCUGCUGUUGACCAAGCUCCCCACACCCAUACCCACGAACACACACACCUUGCGCCUGCAGAGUAACCUUCUGUCUGAGCUCGACACUGUGGUGCUGCACGGCCUCCCCAACCUCACUGACCUUGACCUUUCCCAGAAUCGCUUCAGCCGUGUCAGGUCAAUAACUCAGAGCUCCUCCCUGCCCUCUCUGCUGUCGCUACACCUGGAGGAAAACCAUCUCAGUCGCCUCCCUGAUGCCUCCUUCUCCUCACUGCCAACUUUGCAGGAACUCUUUCUCAGCCACAAUAACUUACACUCAAUAGCACCUGGAGCCUUCACAGGCCUGGACUCCCUACUGCGUCUUCAUAUCAACAAUAAUAGACUCACCACUGUUGACCCUCGGUGGUUCAGUGCUUUGCCUCGCUUGGAAGUUCUCAUGCUUGGAGGAAACCCUGUGGAGGCAAUGCCUGAGCGGGGCUUUCUGGCCCUGAAAUCCCUCCGGAGUCUUGUCCUUGGUGGUAUGGGUCUAAGAGGCUUGACUGAAAAAGCACUGGAAGGGUUGGAGGACCUGGAGAGCCUCUCCUUCUAUGAUAACCUGCUGACAAAGGUCCCCACUCAGGCCCUGAAGAGAGUGCCAGGACUGAAGUUCCUCGACCUCAACAAAAAUCGCAUCAAACUGAUCGAGACAGGAGACUUCCGAGACAUGGUCCAUCUGAAGGAGCUUGGCCUGAACAACAUGGAGGAGCUGGUGUCCAUUGAGAGAGCCGCCCUGGAGAACCUUCCAGAGCUCACCAAGCUCGAGAUCACCAACAACCCGCGACUCUCGUACAUUCAUCCACAGGCUUUCCACCAGCUAAGCAGGCUGGAGAGUCUAAUGCUCAACUCCAACGCUCUGAGCGCUCUGCAUCAGCAAAUCAUGCUCUCCCUGCCGAGUCUUCAGGAGGUCAGUUUACACUCCAACCCACUGCGAUGUGACUGCCUGUUUCACUGGGCCGCCGAGGAGGCCUCUCAUCCUCAAGACACGCAAACGGACACACAAACACCUCGGAUGGUGCGUUUCAUCCAACCCCAGGCCACGCUGUGCUCUGAACCCCCAGAGCUGAGAGCUCGCAGGGUGAGGGAGGUGUCCUCCAGGGAGAUGUCGGCCUCAUGCCUCCCCAUGAUCCCUACCAGCUCCCUCCCCUCCUAUGUUGGAGUAAGAGAAGGAGGAAAACUGGUCUUGCAUUGCCGAGCUCUUGCAGAUCCACAGCCUAAACUGUCCUGGGUGACUCCGUCUGGGCUGAGACUUGGUCCUGUACCUAGCCAUGCAUCCAAAGGUCUAACAGCUCCUGCUCCCUGCCACAGCAUGGCAGCCUCUGAAGGAUUCAACCACACGUCUGCUUUCCGCGUCUCUCCCAGCCAAGCUAAAGAUGAUACUCCUUGUAACCCCUUCAAACACUACCGGCUACUGCCUGAGGGAACUCUGGAGUUGAACAAGGUCACCCUUAGCGAUGCAGGAUUGUAUACCUGUGUAGCUGAAAAUGCCCUGGGAGCAGAUACACGCAGUGUUUCUGUGGGUGUGCAUGGCAGAGAAAAGAAACGAAAGAGGGGGAUGGCUGCUAAUAUGAAGGAAUAUCCACUAUUCAGAGCAGAUGCCAAAUUGGAGGUGAGGGAAGUCGGACAACACUAUGCUAUCCUGUCUUGGCAGAGUGAGCACAACCUCCCUUCAACUCGUCUAUCCUGGCAAGCCAUAUACUCAAAUGCACACAUGCCCACAUACACCACACGCAUCCUGGCUGGUACACAGAGCUUCAACCUGACCCACCUGCAGGCAGAGACAUUUUAUCGAGUGUGUCUACAUUUAGGGAUCAGUGAGGGCGCCAAGCAUGCCAGUAGGAGAUCAAGAGAAAGCAGAAGAACUCAUUGUGUUUCAUUCAGGACAAAGGAUGUCCCAGAGCCUCCGCCCAGCCUGCAGCUAAGCCCAGAGCUGACCUCCACAGCAGUCACACUACUGCUCCUCGCACUCAUACUGCUGCUGCUGGCAGGCCAGGGCUGGGACACUGAGCCAGGGGAGGGGGCAGGAAAGCACCACAGUACCAUCCGCCAAGAAAUCAAACGUCCCAAGUCUCUGAACAUAAACCAUAAGACAGAAGGGAGCAACGAACAUCAGCUAAAGCAGAGUGAGAAACUGCUAUUACAUCAGGACUGCUGAGAUAAUUAUGUUUGUGCACAUUCAAAACAGGACAAAAAACAUUCUGUAACACACACACAUACAAAAUGUCAAAUAUACAAUUUGUGAAACUCAGCUAAAAGAAAGGAGUCAUAGAUCAGAUCAGUGGUGUAGAAAGAGAUUUGUAUUUAUUUUAUAUACCAUAUAAAGUAUAUUAUUGACAUUGUUUCUGUGUUAAGAUGUGUUGUAAAGAAUGCCUAAACCCUAACCAGGGAAACUGGACAAUCAUGCUCCUACAGCAGAGUGAGUGAACGCAGGAGAAACAAAUGAGUCCGAGCUGCCGGUGGCCACUGGACUGAAACUAAAGACAACUGGAUUCAGUCCAGGGACAGAUACUUCAGACCUCCAGGGUAUUUGUCUUCUUUCUUGUUCCACAGACUGAACCAUAAUUUCUCCAAACAGACGAAACUCUGUCUUGAGACUGAAACUGCAUUUAAUUCCUGCACUGAUGUAAACAACCUGUUUGCUUAGCUUUCAGUACCUUGGACUGGGUUGUCUAUCAUGCAGUACAUACAAAGUAUACUCAUCCAGAUUCCCAUGUCUAACGCCCCCACAUCCUCUUUCAGUAUAAAAGUGAUCUAAAAGUGAUGUGUUAAAUUCUAUUUUGAGCAAUUAUACAAUAAAAUCUUUUUAAUUUACACAA